UGUGCCAGAGGGAACUACACGGCGAAGACGCGCGGCCGCGAGGGUUCCGGAUGACAUGCUAUACAGCAAUUAAUCGUCUGAUCAUCAACGCUGUCAGUCACAGCUGUGACGCCUGCCUCCAAGCUGAGGGGAUCUCUAAUGCAGCCAGUUUCACAUACAUAUCAAGAGUGGUUGUACACAUCGCACUCUGGACAGAUGGCGAGUCAUCAAAAUACAACACUUUCCUGGCGGAGGUUGUAUCUAAGCAAAGCAAAAUUGAAAGCAAGCAGCCGAACUUCUGCUCUUUUGUCUGGAUUUGCAAUGGUGGCAAUGGUUGAACUUCAGCUUGAGAAAGACGAUAAAGUGCCAGAAGCCCUGUUGGUGGUAUUUGCUGUAUGCACAACACUGCUUGUGACAGUCCACUUGGUGGCACUCAUGAUCUCCACCUGUAUCUUACCUAACAUGGAGGCCAUUAGCAGUGGGGAGGGAGCAGCCAGCAUACAUGGUGUGCAGGCAGUGAACGAGUCUCCCCAUGAUAAGAUGCGGUUGUGUGUGGAAAUGGCCUGGGUCUGCUCUACAGGCCUCGGAAUAAUUCUCUUUCUCGUUGAAAUUGGUAUCUUGUGCUGGGUUAAAUUUUUUGAGCGGAGCCAGAAUGCCGCCAUUGCUUCUACUGUGAUAGUGAUACCAGCAGGAGUGUUGUUCGUCAUAUUUUCACUGGUUUUCUAUCGAAAACUGAUGGCACAUAAAUAUGAACUCCACGAAGAAGGCCUGAGAGAACUGGAGGAUUUGGCACAUGCCCUUAGCAAUGACAAUGAAACACAUCGACUCAAUGUUGUGUGAAAUUUCAUCAGUUUGUUACAGCCUUUGUGUGGAAUUCUUUCAGGAUUACAUUUCAAGGUUGUUUUGUUUUCAUAGCUUUACUUGUUGGAUGUCGUGGAUGUGUUCUAGCACUAGUCAUUUUUCGUAGGAUGAAAUGUUUUGUGCAGCUUGCUUUCUAUAGAGAAAAGAAAUGAAAUUUUCACAGAACUGGUUGUUUCACAGAAAAAUAAUGACCAGACUGAGGAGUUAAUCAGGUGCUUGUUUUCUUCAAUGAAGCAGUUCAGCUGGCCUGUGGACUGGCUGGUCAUGGGCUCUAGAGAGGAAUAGCUGACAGAGUUGUCUUUUGCAUCAAAUGCUGCAAGAUUGAAAGCAGGUUUCUGCCUACCCUGUAUCUUAAAUAGCAGUGGUAGAGAUCUGAUUAAUAUUAUGAUAAAAUCAGGAUGCAAAAUGAAUUUAUCACAAUUAUAUACUUGUCAUUUAUUCACUUCCUUGAGCAAGAGCCUUGAUACUAGCCUAAGUUAGGUUUCCUUGACACUGUGUUAAACUGGCCCCAAACCUUUACCAUGUUCUUUUAGGCAAACUUUCAUUACCAAAUAUUAUUUUAGUUGUCAGUUAUGCAAACUUUCUUUCUGUAUGUAAGCUAAUUUUUUUACUCAGCUAGUUUUCUGCUGGAGAAACAACUUUCAUUAGCAAAACUUUAUUUUUUCUCUCCUAACCAUGUUUGCUUUUGUACUAGAGCUAGUCAGGUUGUUAAGCGUUAUUUAAAGAGAAAUGACUUAUUAAUGACCUCUCCUUUUUUUUUAACUAGACAUUUCUCAAAACCAUGAUAAUAACCUAGAAGUCAGAAGGCAUGAGGGCUAAGUUUUUCCAUGCAGAAUUUUGCACAGUUGAAGAUAGUUUCUUUGUAUAUGUAAUUUGUUUACAAGCAACUUUAUGUCUUUCUUUUUUUAACCAAGUAGGUGUUUAGAUUUUUUUGUUGUUUUCUAAAUUUCAGAUGCUCUUCUUACAUCUUGCAUGCACAUAUUGUUUAUACACCAGCCUCCUGCAUAUACCUUUGCAUGUGUAUUCUUAUUUCAUAUUUCUUUGUGUUUAUAUUGCAUAUAUGUAUUUAUUAUGUGGAAUGUACACAGUUGGAGCGUUCACUUGCUAGUAAAUGGGAUGUUUUGUAAAACUAAAUCUUAACACUUCUUUCAUGGUCAUUUUCACAAAUACAAGGCAUCUGCUCAUAUUGUAAUUGUAGUACCCACCAGUACCACAUCCUUCUGUAUGUAACCUUCAAACAUGUUUACCAGAAUACAAGCUCAAAACAUCCAUCAAUCUUGCAAGUGUACUUCUGAUUUUAUUGAGGUUUAUAUUUCUUAAAUGAGGUGCUUGAUUUUUCCACGAACAUGUUUUCUUUUUUUUUUUUUUAAAUACUGAACGCGAGACACUGAUCCAUCUGUUGUGUUGGGGAGAUUUUUGGUACAGAAAAGCUAACUUUGUAAGUUUGUCUUUAAAAAUUGUAAGGAACCAUGGUUUAAGUUCUGCGCCACACUGAUCAUCAGGGUAUUAAAUGAUGUUAGGUGUGGAUGCUGAAUUAUUCUUGUAAUAAUAUGGUGACUGAUUUUAGCAUGAUGAUGCAUAACACUCUGUAUUAGAGAUAUGUGUGUGUAUGUCUCUCUCGCUAUCUAUAUAUGUAAUCUGAAGCCAUUACACCCAUAAGGUGAGUUUGCUUGCUAGGGUCAUUGUUAUAAAGUGAGGCUAUGUUUGUGCCAUAGAGCAUCCUGGGGAACUCAAGGAUAAGCUUCUUGUUUCCAAAGUUAUAAAGCUCUAUCCAGACCCCACAGAUGUUUUACCUCUGUAGCUGUAGUUAUAAAGUGGUAGGAAAGAAGCCCUGGGGUAAAGAAACAUAAAGUAAUAUCUGUGGGCAUAGCAUUGUAAUUAUGAAAACAAGAUGCUUUUCCUUGAGUUCUUCAUUUUGCCAUGGAAAAGUGACUUGCAUUCGCUUUAUAACUAUGACCCCUGGAGGGCUAACAACAGGAGAUUCCUGUAUGUAGAUCUUUAGAUGCUGAGUGUUUAUUGUGGGUUAUCUCCUCAACCAAGUCCCUGCUUUUAGUCACUUAGUAUUUAUUGGAACCUUUUUCUCUUAGAGUCAACUGACUUUAGCUGAUUUUUGUUUUUUUUUUAAUGUAAACCAUGGACUGUGUUUAACCACUGUUUACUAGGAGUCCUUUUUCACAGCUAGCUACCUGACAGUCACCAAAUCAAGUAGGGGUUUUCUCCUGCUUUAAGCCACUAAGCAUUUACCAGGAGUCUCUUUGUAAUGAGCCACCCGCUUUAGCGACUAGGUGGAGAUCAUUUCCUGAACCAGCUUCUCUUGGAUCUCUUUUGGGAUGUGAGUGCUCUGUCUCCAUGUGUGUGUGCAUCUGCACAUGCACAACAUCAUGCACACUACAGCUAUACAACAGUGUGUAAUAUGAUUUGCUAUGAUUGUGUGAUCUUACCUCAUUUAUGUCAAUAUGCAUAACUGUGUGUGUUACAUAACAUGAUUGCAUGUAGGAUGUAAAUGUGAAGCAUUUUUUGUCAUAAUAUAUUUGUGCAUAUUGAUACACGACAGUUUGCUUCAUUCUGAGCUGUGAUCAUAUACUUUUACUACCUUCAUGUCCCAAACUUCAGAUUGUGCUCAUUUACAUAUUAAAAAAAAGAAAUAGGUUGGAAUUUUGAAAUAAUCUGGCUUGUUACUGCACUGAUCUGAAAAACAUCUGGACAAUUUUUGUAUGGUUUCUACUCAUGUGUACAGAAUUGUGUACACUUUUGGAAUUAAAAACAUUCCUUUUGUAUGUUUCUCUCACUGAUUUCGCAUGCAAACUAAAGUCCAUUUUAUGUGCUUAAUUAUUUUUCAAAAUUUUUGUAAUGCUUCAUUCUAUCCUGAAAAAUCCAUGUUAUGUUUGCAUGGGUAUAUACCUAAGAGACAGCACAGUGUUAAUGAAAGUGAUAAUCAGACUUUGGCUGACAAAUUAGCCAGAGAGAUUGCUGUCAUUGCCAUGGUAAAAGUGUAAAAACAUCUCCUGUAUGACUCUUGUCUGUAUUACUCUUUGCUUUGUUAGUAGUAAUGCACUGCCCUUCAGUCAAAUGAACUUGCUCUUGUGGCAGCAAAGAAUUAGAUGCUAUCUCUGUACUUUGUGAAGUACUACAGGAUGGAGCAGAGUAUGAAAGCAGGAAAAGAAGGUUGGAAAUUUGUUCUAGCCUGUUUGUGACAUUAUCACACAGUUGUGGGGCUCAUGCAUAGAUCUUUGCAGCAUCGAGGGUGGGGCUGUGAUUAAAUGCUUGAUGUAAAUGCUGGGUCCACUUUUCAAAGAUAGGCAAUUGUACUUUAUUAUCUGUCCACUUCGUACAUUUUCAGGCUUGACUACCCCCUACAGUCUGCAUAUAGUCUUGAUGGAUUUAGACAUUUUACUCUGCCCAAAACCAAGGUGGUAUUGCAGCCCUAUGCUCCUGAAGGAGUAGCAAUGAAUAGAUUGUAAUAAAGAGAAUAGAGCAAGCAGUUAAUAAUAGCAUUAAAAAAAAAAAAGGGAAAGUAAAGGCAAGACACAAGUAACUGAUGUAUUAAAAUGUUUGUUAACUUAUCUGCAUUUUCAGCUUAAUUUAACUUCCUCUAGGUGCAGAUCAUAGUUUCUAAAUGUUUUUCCUGCUCCAUUUCUAAGACUUUAUGAAACAUUCUCCAUUGAUACAUACUUUCAACUGAAUGAUAGUGGCUUCCAUUGCAGUAAAGAAAUAGCAGUGUGAUAAGUAUAAAUGAAGGUCAAGUGUGCAGAUACAAGAGCCAAGCUUGUGGAUCUGAAAGAGAUGCACAAAAUAACCUGAUGUAAGGCUCCAGUACUGUGGUGUGUUAACAGUUAUUUUGCAAGUAGCCAUGUCUUUAUUUUUCCACAACUGUUUUUUUGUAUGACCCUGAUUUCCAGUUGAUCUUUUUACUUAAUGAAGUCAUCUUGAACUACAGAUGUUUCUUGGUGUAGCAUAUGUCUCUUCCGACUGGAAUCUGUAGUAUUUCAGUGUGUGGGUGGGGGUUGCGUGGGUUUACCAAAGAGAGCUGCUUUUGUCUUCCACACUUGCCACAUGUCCAUAGUAGCUGCAGUUUUUGAUAGAGUGGUUGCAUCGAUUUUAAAAAACUGUUCUCCAUUCAUACGUAAACAGAGCAUUCCCCAAGACCUUGCAUUCCAUUGUCGUUUUCUUGCAAAUGAACUUAUUCUAUGGUGCUCUCAGGUUUCUUCGAAAACUUCAUUCUUGUAUUGUAGUUAUUUAAUUUUUGACUGAACUUAGAGGGAAUUAUGUGCUGUUAAGAGUGUUACAGAAAGAAAAUGUUAUGAAUGAGCAUGAAGAUACACAGACCUCUAUUGCAUAUUAUUAAAUUUUAAAUAUAUAUGUAUAUAUGAUGUGCAAUAUAGCAUUACAGUCUUUUGUUAACACUGUGUUGUGUGGAAAUAAGAUAUAAAUGAGUUUAUUUUUAAAAAAAACCAUGAUAGAGCACUUAUUUUGCAAGCUAUUACAUUACUCAUUUUGUGGUCCUCAGUGCAAAGUGUUUAUGUUCACGUGAUAAUGUGGGGAAAAAACAAAAUGCUCUUCAUUGUCAUUAUGAUGAUAUGCCUACAAGUGGUUAAAUGCCUUAAAGAUUGUUAUAUCUUCUAAGCACUAAAAAAAAGAUUAUAGAGAAAAUAUAAAUAUUUUUGUCAUAA